AUGGAUAUGAAGCAGCAAAAAGAACCGUUACAACAACACCCAGUGCCCCCUCGCCCAUGGGUGAAGUUGGGGGUUGAUCUCUUUGAGUUGGACGGACAAGCCUUUUUGAUCACGGUCGACUAUUAUAGCAAUUUCGCGGAGCUGGAUGUAUUGCCAAAAACAACCACUGGUGCUGUCAUUCGGGCUCUGAAAGCUCAGUUUGCUCGUCACGGAAUUCCGAACCUUCUUAUCACGGACAACGAUCCACAGUUUGUUUCCGCCAAGUUUCAAGAGUUUGCUCGUCAAUGGGAGUUCGAGCAUCGCACAUCCAGUCCCGCAUACCCUCAAUCCAAUGGCAAGUCAGAAAAUGCGGUAAAGACGGUCAAACGGCUGAUCAAAUGUGCCAAGAAAGCAGGUUCAGAUCCCUGGUUAGCCAUUUUAGAUUUUCGGAAUACUCCCACCGACUCCUUGGGGAGCAGCCCAGCUCAACGAUUAUUUAGUCGACGAACCAGGAGCCUUUUAACUACCUCGCCGGCAUUGCUAAAGCCAUCGCUCGUCCCUGAGGUGUCUAGUCGUUUAGCAGCGGUUAAAGCACGUCAAGCAGCUAAAUACGAUCGAUCGGCUAAGGCUCUUCUCGUUCUUACACCAGGCGACACUGUGCGUAUUCAACCUACACGAGGUUACGAGGUGUGGCGCAAAGCAGUUGUCACGGCGCAGCUUCCCAACAGGUCAUAUGAAGUGCGCACCCAGAGUGGGACAAUUAUACGUCGGAAUCGGCGUCACUUACGCAAGUCUACAGAAGUUCCCCAGUCACCGCUGUUGAGGCCUCCGGACGAUGACGACGAAGAAAACACUGGGUAUCCUUCCUCGCCGGUGGUUUUCAUACCAUCACCGAGGGCGAUUGUGGCGCCGACUGCGACGACACUCUCAAGACGGAUUCCAGAUGUUGUGCCACAAUUUCCAUCUCCAUAG